AUGACUACAUAUUCCGCGACCGCGUUGGGUCCCAAUGAACCCUCUUCUGACCCUAUCAACGAUUCGGACGACGAGCUUUUUAACCCUUCCUUUCGAGCACACGAGACUGUCGAGACAGUACCCUUGCCUCGACCUACAUAUGACUCCAGCGACAACGAUGAGCACGAGACAGUAGUAACCCUUCCUCUGCAGCGUCCUGGCUCGACACAGCAGCAGCCUGGCGAGACUCUGAGCGGGAGAGUCACGCAGCCGACCCAGAUAAUACCACGGUCGCCAGUUCGCCCAGGCAGCAACGCAGCCAUGCCAUCCUCCUCACCCACCUCAGAAUCGCUUGUCCAGGUCACGGCUUCUUCGCCCAUGGCAACGCCUUCUGCACCACAGUUCAAAGCCCGCCCUGGCGGUUUCCUCGCGAACGCGAUGGCGCCUGCAGGGACCUCCUUCCGAAGACCAAUGUUUAACCCUCCUGCGAAAAUCAACAAGCCCAUCGUUAUCGACGACGACGAUAAUCCAACAUACAAAGGUGGCUCAAGUGAUGAGGAAGACCUAAGAAACAACCAAAUCAAGACCACUGUUUUUCAACGCACCAGCGACUCUGGCUUUGUUCCGGAAUCGCCGGCAAAGAACGACGUUAACAACACACACUUCUCCUCGUUUGUCCGUGGUUUCACACACGACCACGCAGCCCCGCCAAAAGUGAAUGGUGUGAAACGUUCUGCACCAGCAGACGGCGACAUGGCUGCUUCUUAUGGCGCCUCCAGCAAACGCUCACGCUCUCUUAUCGCUCGCGCUAAAGACGUGCGUGAGCGUCAGCCCUCCCCGGAUAUAGAAAUCGAUGAUAUAACCGACGCUAAUGACCGUCGCAAGGUCAGAGAAAUGCACAAAGUCAUCUCUGAUGUUCGCAUCAAGAGUCUCUACGCAACUCUUAAGGCCAGGAAAGGCAACACUGACGAUGCGAUUGACGCAAUCCUCGCUCAGAAAGAGAAGCAUGAGGCGCAAGAUACGAAGGGUCCGAUCGAUCUGACCGGUUCGGACGAUGAGCUCAUGACUACCCCAGCGGUGCAGAAAGGCACGAAACAGCAGGCCAAGAACCCUCACAAGUCAAUCGCCGACAAGUGGUCGAGCACGCAGCAGCCACGAGACCAAGCGAAACAGCUUGAUGCAUUCUCACCACCAAAGCCUGCGCCAAAGAAAGGUCGCCGCCUAGUAAGAGGCCGUAAGGAUCGUUCGUCGCCUGACUUGCCCGAUAUUACUGAAGAGCAGGUCCAAUCGCAAUCUCGUAUCGGGAAGAUGAUUGUCAUUGAUGAGGAUGACGAUGACAAUGCUGUUUCCGAAGAUGAAGCUCCUAAGAGCCGCAACGAGACGUUCGAGCAGCGCUUGCUCAAGUUCUUCAACACUUGUAGUGCUGCUGAUCUUGCUGACACCGCCAGCAUUAAGCCCGCACUUGCACAGUACUUUGUAUCUCAACAGCCCUACCGGUCAGUCGCGGCCGUACAGAAGGUUGAUGAUCCUGAGCGCAAGCCGGUGAAGGGCAAAGGCAAGAGAACACCCAUUGGUGAAAAAGUAUGGGACACUGUGCAGGAAAUGAUUACUGCCUAUGAGGCCGUCGAUUACUUGGUCAAGGAGUGUGAGGCCAUUGCGAAGCCGUUGGCCAAAGAGAUGCGAACAUGGGGUGUCAACACUGUUGGUGCAGGUGCUGGUGAGCUGGAGAUGACCAGCAUAUCUCAAUCUCCAGCACACGAUUCAGGCAUUGGGACGCCGACCGACGAUGAGAAGGUGGCUCGACCGAAGAGCUAUAUCAGCCAGCCAGCGAUCAUGAACUUCGAGUACCAGUUGAACGACUAUCAGCUUGUUGGCAUGAAUUGGCUCAACCUCUUGUACAAGCAUGGACUGAGCUGUAUCCUGGCUGAUGAUAUGGGCUUGGGCAAAACAUACCAAGUCAUUGCGUUUUUAAGUCAUCUCUACCAAAUCGGUGAGAAGGGUCCACACUUGAUAGUUGUGCCAUCGGCUACUUUGGAGAACUGGCUCAUGGAGUUCAAAAAAUUCUCACCACUCCUACGCGUUGAGCCGUACUACGCUCCCAACCCGAAAGAGCGUGCCGAGAUGCGCUUUCAGAUCGACAACUCCAGCGACAUCAGUGUCGUUGUCACCACCUACACCAUUGCCAAAGGCAAGGAAGAUGCCCCGUGGCUGCGUGAGUUUGGCUUCACCUGCACAGUCUUCGAUGAAGGGCAUUACCUCAAGAAUGCAGAAUCUCUGGUUGCACGCUCAUUGUCGAGGAUUCAAACAGACUUUCGAGUCUUGUUGACAGGUACGCCUCUACAAAACAACUUGAAAGAGCUUAUGAGUUUGCUUGGGUUCAUGAUGCCUGAACUGUUCAACGAGAAAGCAGACGAGCUCCAGGCUAUAUUCACCCACAACGUCAAGACCAUGGAUGAGAACCAUGAGGCUUUACUGUCUGCGCAGCGUAUUGCACGAGCUCGGAGUAUGCUCACACCUUUCAUUUUGCGUCGCAAGAAGAACCAGGUGGCCAAGAACCUGCCGCCUAAGCUACGCAGUGUUGAGUGGUGCGACGUGAGCCCGGAGCAAGCCGAGAUUUAUCAGUUCUGGCACGACAAAGCUUUGAGCAUUCGCGCUCGCCGUGAGGCAGGUGAAGAGUGCGGCAAUGACACCACUGCCAUCCUCAUGAAAUUACGCCAGGCGGCGAUCCACCCUUUCUUGUUUCGGCGACACUACAAAGACAAGAUGCUCCCGAAGAUCGCCAGGUCUUGUCUCAAGGAUGAGCAAUGGGCUCUGUCUUCACCGGACCUCAUUGUGACAGAGCUUGAGCAUUACUCUGACAUGGAGGUUCAUUCAUUGUGUUCAAAGAAUGCUGUGUUGAACAAAUAUGCUCUUCGAAAUGACGAGUGGCUUGCCAGUGGCAAGGUACAAAAGAUGCUGGAACUACUGCGCCGCUUCAUGGCCGAGGGCAGUCGUACGCUCAUUUUCUCACAAUUCGUCAUGGUUCUCGACAUCUUGGAGCUUGUGCUUGAGAAUGAGCGAAUCCAGUACUUCCGGCUCGAUGGCAAUACCAAGGUUUCAGAGCGUCAGGAUCUCAUCAAUACCUUCAGCGAGGAGGGAAAUGAGACUCCGGUCUUCAUGCUCUCAACUAAAGCCGGUGGUGCUGGCAUCAACCUUGCCGCUGCAAACAAAGUUAUUGUGUUCGACAGCGGCUUCAAUCCACAGGAUGACGUUCAAGCCGAGAACCGUGCCCAUCGAAUCGGCCAGGUCAAGCCUGUGGAAGUGGUCAGAUUGGUGACCCGUAACACUGUUGAAGAGGCCAUCUACAAGAUGGGCCUGACCAAAGUGGAACUUGAUCAGCGCGUUGCGGGCAGUGGCCUAGAAACCCCGCCCGGUGAGGUGGAAGUUUCUGAGGGCAAACCGGAGACUGCUGCGGAAGAGCAAGGACGGCAAGCUGUCACUAAGUUGUUCUUUGAGAACCUUGAUGAAAAGCCGAUUCAGGCCAAGAUCGAGCCUGCGGACAACAGUCAGGAGACAAAGCAAACUAACGAAGUCGAGGCGGAAGACCUUUCACAGCCCUCCAGUCCGAUCAAGGGUGGUCAGGAGGUCAAAGCCGAGGAUGUAGACUUGCCUGCGCGGCCGAAGCGAAAGACGGCCGCGAUGUCAUCUCAGACCUCUUCGACUGCAGCUUCUAGGACCUCGCGGAGUCGGUCACGUAAGUGA